UUUACUACUCUAUUCAGAAUCGAGAUAUAUUAUAGGUAGUUUUAGUAGUGGUGCAGACCAAAAAUAAAACAAUGGAAUAAAAAUAUUAUAAAAAAAUAAACUAGAACUAGACAUGUUUAUAUUGAUCACCUUUUUUGUAUCACAUACUGUUUUCGUUAACGCGUAUCACGGAGUUAUGUCCCUUCCAUCACAAAUUAAAGUCUUGGACGAGGUGUUGUCGGAUAUAGUCAAUUUGAAGACUUUAACACGACUAGGAAGGGCAUUUCCAAACCAUGAGAUUGAAAUAAAUGUUGAGAAAUCGCAAGACGCACCACUUCAAGUUCCACUCAAGUACAUGGAGUGGUUAAAUGCGAACCCCAACUUACAGGCUGCACGACGCUCAAUAGCACGUUCAGGCGAGAAAAAUGACGUGUCUACAACAACAGUUCCAACAACUACAACAGUGACAACUACAACACCUACGAGUAUGAGUACUACCACAAUGAGGUAUAUGAGCGAUCAAGAAACUUUUCAAACAAUGGGCAAUGCAAUGUAUAAUCAAAAAAGGCCUUUAUACAUGGAGGAUCUUAUACAAGCUCUCGAAGACUUUGAAAAGAAAAGGAAACAAGAUGAUUUGGUUACCAGUAACAGAAUCGAUUUAACCACUGAAGAUGGCAACCGUCCAUUAGUAAAGAAGGAUUUGUGGGAUCUGCAAAAUAUUUUAUCUAACAGAGAUUGUAAGGAACGGCGGAGCAGCACUGGUGAAGGAAUCAAGGAUUUCAAUGAUGUCAUUAAUUUAAUUAACAAAGGCGUCAAAGUCCAACUGGAAGUAACGACACCAGCGGGAGGUGACCCCAAUAUGAAUUGGGUUCCCAUUAAAAUACCCAAAAAUACCUAAUAAUAAAAAUAAAUUACGUA